GGCUGUAUGUGUGUGUUUGUAGCCCAUUUACAGAACUGGGAGGUUGAGUUCUCCUGUUAACGAGUGAAAUCUGCGCUUGCAUCGGGCGCUGUGAAAAUGGCGGAUGACUGCGCUAGGCUCCGUACAAUAAUCGGUCAAUGUUCGCACGGCAGACUUUGCCCGGUGAAGGAGUGUUGUGUGUACGGAAAUCCAGUAACGUGGCGCGAGCAGCUGUCAAGCAAAGCUAGUAGCGGAACGGGGCGCCUCGAGCUGUCAAGCGAGUCGAUCGCUGGAGCGCGCAAGGGCUAUAGCCCAGACCCCCAUUGAUACUGCUGCUGCCAUGGAGAGGAAAAAGCAUCCAGUUGGAGAAAUCCUCAUCAUUCCGAUGAGAUCUUCAACAUCACUUUCGCCCCAGGAUUCAGCUAGACACCAAACCCUUCCCCUCCAGCCCUCCUCCCCUCCUCCACCCCUCUCUCUGUCCAGUCCCCAGCUCCAGGCUGAGUUUCUGAGGAGAGCUCCCAGAGCUGCUUCCCCCGACAACGACUCGGCUAGACACCAAACCCUUCCCCACCAGCCCUCCUCCCCUCCUCCACCCCUCUCUCUGUCCAGUCCCCAGCUCCAGGCUGAGUUUCUGAGGAGAGCUCCCAGAGCUGCUUCCCCGACAACGACUCGGCUAGACACCCAAACCCUUCCCCUCCAGCCCUCCUCCCCUCCUCCACCCCUCUCUCUGUCCAGUCCCCAGCUCCAGGCUGAGUUUCUGAGGAGAGCUCCCAGAGCUGCUUCCCCCGACAACGACUCGGCUAGACACCAAACCCUUCCCCUCCAGCCCUCCUCCCCUCCUCCACCCCUCUCUCUGUCCAGUCCCCAGCUCCAGGCUGAGUUUCUGAGGAGAGCUCCCAGAGCUGCUUCCCCUGACAACGACUCAGCAAGACCCCAAAACCUUCCCCACCAACCCUCCUCCCCUCCUCCACCCCUCUCUCUGUCCAGUCCCCAGCUCCAGGCUGAGUUUCUGAGGAGAGCUCCCAGAGCUGCUUCCCCGACAACGACUCGGCUAGACCCCAAAACCUUCCCCACCAACCCCUCCUCCCCUCCUCCACCCCUCUCUCUGUCCAGUCCCCAGCUCCAGGCUGAGUUUCUGAGGAGAGCUCCCAGAGCUGCUUCCCCCGACAACGACUCGGCUAGACCCCAAAACCUUCCCCACCAACCCUCCUCCCCUCCUCCACCCCUCUCUCUGUCCAGUCCCCAGCUCCAGGCUGAGUUUCUGAGGAGAGCUCCCAGAGCUGCUUCCCCUGACAACGACUCAGCAAGACCCCAAAACCUUCCCCACCAACCCUCUCCCUCUGUCUCCCCCUCUGUGUCCCUCUUCUCCUCCCCUCCUCCCCCUCUUUCCUCCCCUCCUCCACCCCUCUCCCUGUCCAGUCCCCAGCUCCAGGCUGAGUUUCUGAGGAGAGCUAGCCGUGGUCUGAGAACUGUCUCCUGUGACACCAACGAUGUCCUCACCUCCCCCAGCUCCACCCUGGUCUCCCCCUUUACCUCCAUCAAAACCUCCACCCUUACCUCCCCCCCACAGCCCCUGUCCCCCUCCAUGCCCACUAAAGAGGGUUGCACUACUCUCCUGUCUCUCUCCAGUCCUGAGCUGCUAACUGAGCUGUGUCAAUCUCAGUCCCGUCCUAUGAAGCACGUCUCUGUCUCUAAAGGACUCACCACUGUCUUCUCUGGACGGGGCAGAGGCAUAACGACUCCUAGCCCUGCCACUGCCUCAGGAGCAGCCAACCAGACACUCCACUCAGACUCCAUGGCCAAUAGGAGAGGACAGGCAGGUCCCAGGCUGUUUAAUGGGACAAAGCGUUAGACUAAGCUAAAGUGCCUCUGAUGACCCCAGCUACUGUAUAAUGUAAUUCAAAUGAAUGAAAACUAGCAGUCCUGUGGCCCUCCGGGGCCUGGAGUUGAGAACUGAAUGACACAAUUUCAAACACUAUAUAUACUGCCAUGUGCCAUUGCCAACACACUAACAUCAUAGACACAACACACACACCCCGUAAUACACACACACACUGUACCUCUUCAUGUGAGACAUGUAAAGCAAUGUGGUGAGGUGAAGCAGGUCUCUCUCUGUAAAAAAAUAAAUGAUCAAAUGUAUCAUAA